AUGAGGAGUGGUAAUGGAAUCUAUCUAGCUAUGAUAAGUGAGGUGGAAGAGAAGAUUGAGGUCAGGCUAGAAGAAAUUUUAGUCGUUCAACACUUUCCAGAUGUAUUUCCUGAGGAACUACCUAGCACAGUUCCAGACCGUGAAGUAGACUUUGAAAUUAAUUCGGCACUAGGUGUAGUGCCAAUAUCAAAGGAACCCUACCGGAUGGCCCCGACGGAACUCAAAGAACUAAAAGAACAACUUCAAGAGUUGUUAAACAAAAAGCAAAUCAGACCGAGCGCAUCUCCAUGGGGAGCCCCGGUUUUAUUUGUGAAGAAGAAAGACGGGAGUAUGAGAUUGUGUAUCGAUUACCAAGAAUUGAAUAAAAUCACAAUCAAGAAUAGGUACCCCCUUCCAAGGAUAGACGACCUCUUCGACCAACUUAAAGGAGCUACAGUGUUCUCCAAACACGAUUUAAGGUCAGACUAUCACCAGUUGAAGGUUAAGGCUGAAGAUAUACCAAAGACCGCUUUUAGAACGAGAUAUGGACACUACGAGUUCAUGUGUCAGGUGCGAAGUGUUUACAGAUCAUCUGAGUCUCAAAUAUCUAUUUACACAGAAAGAAUUAAACAUGAGGCAACGAUGAUGGGUAAAGCAAACAAGGUAGCUGAUGCAUUAAGUUGGAAGAGCAUGGGCAAGACAGUUUUGGCAUCGCUCUCAGCACAACCAUGCCUUCGAGAAACAAUCAAGUUGAAGCAGAAGCAAGACUCGGUGUUGGCAAGACUUACAGAGCAGAUCAAAAAGGGAAAAACACUUAAUCUUCAAAUAAAUGAUAGCGAUAUCUUAUGGAUGAAAGGAAGGCUGUGGGUGCCUGACAUUGAUAAUAUUCGACAAGAAGUAAUAUCUGAGGCCCACAAAUCAAAAUUCUUGGUCCACCCUAGCAGUACAAAGAUGUAUAGAGAUUUGAAGAAGAACUUCUGA